ACAGAUCAGCGGAUCACCGCAAUGAUGUCUGUUCCUUCCUAAGAACAUGGCAAGGCCGCUCUUUGGUCUUCCUCUGGAACUGGUAAUCCGGUCUCUCUCUCUCCCUCCGAAAGAUUCCCGCGCAGCCCAACAGUUUGUCCCCUUGCCAAGAUUGAGGUGUAGAGAUCUCAUAAUGUACAAGAAAACAAACAACAAUUACUAAUCAAAAGUUGAAAAAAAUAUGAUCAUGCCUCCUCAAUCUGCUGAUACUUUGUCAGAAUUCGAGUACAGGCCUGAGUCAGCUACUCGUUGCACUCCCUCAGAUCUCUGAUAUUGUUUUCCACUCUUGUUAGUUUCCAGGUAAUCGAAAGGCCUCCAAAGCUCGAAGCUUUCUGCGAAUCCUGUUGUCAGGAUAGAGUCUAUAAGCUUUCGAGUGCGGCCUGGUUUAGAGGUGAUCUGGAAAUGAUCUGAGGUCGGGUGUUUGGAGUUGCUGCUAAACGGUUGUGUUGUUGGGCGAUUCGUGUAUCUGAAGGAGCAGGGGAGGAAAAGCUUGGAGAGAUGAACGGGGCUGUGCUUGUCGCGAUUGUUGCUACGGUCGGGAAUCUGUUGCAGGGAUGGGAUAAUGCUACUAUUGCAGGGGCUGUUCUCUACAUCAAAAAGGAAUUCAAGCUUGAGACUGCACCUACAAUUGAGGGCCUCAUCGUGGCCAUGUCCCUCAUUGGAGCCACAGCCAUCACAACCUUCUCGGGGCCUGUAUCUGACUCUGUAGGGCGCCGUCCGAUGCUCAUAGCCUCCUCCCUCUUCUACUUUACCAGCGGACUUGUGAUGUUGUGGGCCCCGAAUGUGUACAUCCUCCUCCUUGCAAGGCUCCUUGAUGGGUUUGGGAUUGGGCUAGCCGUCACCCUUGUGCCCGUCUACAUCUCUGAGACAGCCCCACCAGAGAUACGCGGGUCCCUCAACACCCUCCCUCAGUUCAUGGGCUCGGGUGGAAUGUUCUUCUCCUAUUGUAUGGUCUUCAGCAUGUCGCUUUUGGACUCACCGAGCUGGAGGCUCAUGCUUGGUGUCCUCUCCAUCCCAUCCUUAAUCUACAUUGCGCUGUCUCUCUUCUUCUUGCCCGAGUCUCCCAGGUGGCUUGUGAGCAAAGGUCGCCUGGCCGAGGCUAGUAGGGUUCUUCAGAAGCUGCGGGGCCGAGAAGAUGUUUCAGGUGAGCUGGCUUUGCUAAUCGAAGGCCUUGGAGCUGGGAACAAGGCGUCACUGGAAGAGUACAUGAUUGUACCAGCAGAUGAUAUGACCGACCUGAAGGAGACUGGUUCCGAGGCUGAUGAGAGGCAUCAGUCAUGGAUUGCGAAGCCCGUGACUGGGGCUCAUAGCUCUCUGAUCUCUCGCCACGGGAGCAUGAUGAGCCAGGGCAUCCUAGCCCAGGUUGACCCGCUUGUGACCCUCUUCGGGAGCAUCCAUGAGAAGAUGCCCGAGACAGGCAGUAUGCUGUUCCCAUCCAUGGGCAGCAUGUUGGGGUUGACAACCGAGAAUACGCCCAAGAACGACCAUUCCGAUGACGAGAGCCAGAAGGGCAAUCACGAUUCUCAUAUUGAGGUGGGAGCAGACUCAGAUGAUAAUCUGAGAUGCCCACUGCUGACCCGUCAAGCUCAGAGUGGGCAGGCAGGGAGCAUGGUAGGAGGGGAACAGGUGAGUGGGGUGGAAAUUGGUGGCGGGUGGCAGUUGGCCUAUAAUCGCAACGAAGAUGGCAGAACUGAAAGGAUCUACUUCCACCCUGAGGGCGGGCCAGGAGCCAUGUCAAGGCGUGGUUCUGUGAUCUCAAUCUCGGGAGACAACCUGGCUGAUGAAGGUGAGUUCGUGCAUGCUGCUGCCCUUGUGAGCCAAUCUGCUCUAUGCUCCAACGAAGUCCUGUUAGGCAAGGUCCCAACGAUGACAUAUAUCCCUGAGACUCCCACGAGCGGGCCAGGCUGGAGCGAUCUUUUCGAGCCUGGGGUCAAGCGUGCCUUACUAGUUGGUAUCGGGAUUCAAAUUCUUCAGCAGUUUUCGGGCAUCAAUGGGGUUCUGUACUACACUCCGCAAAUCCUUGAGCAAGCAGGUGUUGGAGUUCUUUUAUCAAACCUUGGCCUCAGAGCGGAUUCUGCUUCUCUGCUUAUUAGCGGCCUCACAACUCUCCUGAUGCUUCCUGCCAUUAUCGUCGCCAUGAGGCUCAUGGAUGUCUCAGGAAGAAGGUCUUUGCUGCUCUCGACCAUCCCCGUACUAAUCCUGACCCUCCUUGUCCUCGUCUUUGGGAGCAUAGUAAAUCUGGGAUCGGUCGUGAGCGCUGCUAUUUCCACCACCAGCGUUAUCCUCUACUUCUGCUUCUUCGUGAUGGGCUUCGGCCCAAUCCCCAACAUCCUCUGUGCUGAGAUCUUCCCAACUCGGGUCCGAGGGAUCUGCAUUGCACUGUGCGCCCUCACUUUCUGGAUCUGUGAUAUCAUUGUGACUUACAGCCUUCCUGUGAUGCUCUCCUCAUUUGGGCUCAGUGGUGUCUUCGGAAUUUAUGCAGUCGUAUGUAUUCUCUCGUGGGUGUUCAUCUUCCUAAAGGUUCCUGAGACGAAGGGCAUGCCUCUUGAGGUUAUCUCCGAGUUCUUCGCAGUAGGGGCUAAGCAAGAAGCUUGAGGAUCCAAAAACCUUGAUCAUUGUCAUCAUUUUGUAGUUUGAAGAACCUCUUUUCAGUUGUUCGACCGACCGAUUCUUUUUUCUUCCCCUUUCUACAUUGUAUUUAAUCAGAGUAGAGACCAUUCGGAUUAAUAGGUAAAUGCUAUGAAAGGAGGAUCUGCAGAGUUGCAUUUAUUUUUAUUUUUUUUAA